UAGGAUUCUCGGCUCAAAUCCAGCCGUCAACUCUAUUCUUAUUGUCAACGAAGCCCAAAACGCCAUUUCUCCGUCGGAUCCGGAUCUCUUUCCUCCACCAAGAACCGCGUAUUCUACUUUUGGAGUCAGAGGUGAUUCGGUUGCUGCUGGAGCUGUGAGUAACCCAUUCUUCGUUUGGAUUUUAGUGGAGGUCUGAGGGACUUAUUAAAGAGUUGUACUCUUACUGAUUAAGGCUCGAAUUUCCUUCAGAUUUGCAUAUUGUUGUGUUAUUGUUGACAAUGGUCGACGCUGGGGUUGGAACUGUUGCCAAGAAGUUGGAAGAAUCGACAAGACUUCGGUUGAGUUAUUUGUGGAAUCACAAAAGCAACCUUGAGGAAGUUAAGAAAGAAGUUGAAAGGGUGAGGGAUGUUAGAGCUGAUUUGCUGAGUUCAAUGGAGAGAGCUGAUCGCCGAGGGGAACAGAUAGAAAAUGAUGUUGAGAGGUGGCUGAAGAAUGUUGAAGAGUGCAUCAAUAAUGCGACGAUGAUUAUUGAGGACUUUGAGGGGAGAGCAGGUAUUCGAUGUUGCAAGGGGCUGUGUCCAGAUUUGACAACCCGGUAUCGGCUUAUCAGGAAAUCGGUGAAGGAGUUGAAGGCUGUUAGUGGACUCUUGAAAGAUAGAAAUUUUGAUAGAGUUUCAUAUGUUAUCCAUCAACGGGACAUAUGGUCUAGAUAUUCUAAGGAUUAUGAGACCUUUGAGUCAAUAUUGUCCAUUUUUAAUGAUAUAUACAACGCUUUAUGCAAUGAUGAUACCAACAUGAUUGGAGUGUAUGGGAUGGGGGGCAUUGGCAAGACUGCACUGGUGAAGCAAGUUGCCUGGCAAGCCAAGGAAGACAAGUUGUUUGAUGAAGUGGUUCUGGCAUUGGUAAGCCCGACUCCAGACAUAAGAAAGAUCCAAGGAGACAUUGCAAAUCAGCUAGGUCUUCAAUUCCAUGAGGAGAAUGAAUCUGGAAGAGCAAGGAGGCUACGUGAUCGAUUGAAUCAAGAGAAGAGAUUCCUUUUAAUCUUUGAUGAUAUCUGGGAAAUUCUUGAUUUGGAGAGAGUUGGAAUUCCUUUAGGAAACGAUCAUCAGGGAUGUAAAAUUAUGCUGACAUCAAGAAUUCAUGAUGUAUCAGGUAAGAUGGGUUCUCAAUGUAAUUUCUUGGUUGCUGCUUUGAAGGAAGAAGAACCUUUUAGUCUAUUUAAGAAUAUAGUAGGUGAUUCAAUUGAAAGUUUUGAGUUCCAAUCCUUGGCAAUUGAAUUUGUCAAGGCAUGUGGAGGUCUGCCUAUUGCCAUUGUUAAUAUUGCAAAUUCAUUAAGAGGCAAGAGUCUAUUUGAAUGGAGGGAGGCAUUCCAGACUUUGAGCCAUCCUUCAUCAAGGAAAUUCACUAGAAUGCUUGAGGAUGUUUGUUCAACAAUAGAGUUGAGUUACUAUCAUUUAGAAAAUGAGGAACUCAAGUCAAUAUUUUUGCUUUGUGGUCUAAUAAAUUAUACUGAUGAAGCUUCUGUUAUGGAUUUAUUGAAAUAUGGAACUGGUUUGGGUUUGUUUAAAGGCAUCAUUACUCUGGAAGAAACACGAGAUAAGUUAAAUUCAUUGGUUCAUGAACUCAAAAGCUCUUGUUUACUGCUUGAUGGUCAUAACCGUGAAUGGUUUUCUAUGCAUGCUAUUGUUCGUUAUGUUGCCUUAUCAAUUGUAUAUAGAGAUCAACAUGUUUCUGCACUGAGAAUUAAGACUAUCCCCAAGGAUUGGCUAAAUAGGGAUACAGUAAAAAGUUGCAAUGCAAUCUGCAGUCAUGAUGGUGACAUUAGUGAGCUUACUGAAGGAUUGGAAUAUCCAGAAGUUGAAUUUGUCUAUUUGAAUCUGAAGUAUUCUAUUUCCAAAAUCCCUGACAACUUUUUUUCAGGAAUGACAAAACUCAGUGUUUUAAGUUUGACCAAAGUGCAUUUAGUGCCACUACCUUCCUCACUUCAUCUCUUAAUAAACCUUCGAACACUUUGUUUCAAUCAAUGUGUACUGGGAGACUUAGCUGGUAUUGGAGACCUGAAGAAACUAGAAAUCCUUAGUCUUGUCUGUUUGGAUAUUGAGCACUUGCCAAGAGAAAUAGGUCAAUUGACGAAGUUAAGGUUGUUUGAUUUGAGCAAUUGCUCUAAUCUAAAAGCUAUAUCAUCCAAUGUUAUAUCUAGUUUAUCACUAUUAGAAGAAUUGUAUAUGGGUAAUAGCAUUGUUGAAUGGGCGUAUGAAGGAAUCAACAAUGAAAGAAAUGUUAGCCUUCAUGAGUUGAAGUUUUUGUCUUUACUAACCACUUUAGAACUUCAUAUUCGAGAUGCCAAACUACUACCAGUGGGCUUGUUCCCUAAAAAGCUGAAAAGGUACAAAAUAUACAUUGGAGAUGAAUGGGACUGGCAUGAUAAGUAUGAGUACAAAAGAACUUUGAAGCUCAAACUCAAUACCAACAUUGGCCUGGAGAAUGAGAUUGUCAUGCAGUUGAAGGAAAUCGAAGAACUUUAUCUAGAUGAAGUCCAAGGUGUCAAGAAUGUACUUUAUGAUCUUGAUGCAGGUGGUCUCCCAAAAUUGAAGCAUCUCUCUAUCCAAAAUAAUCCCUACAUUAGGUGUAUAGUUGACUCAGUGGAGUGGCUACCUUGUGAUGCCUUCCCACUCUUGGAGUCAUUGUUUCUUCGUAAUUUAAUUAACUUGGAGAAGAUAUGUCAUGGUGAACUGACAGCAACAUUUUUCUCUAACUUAAGGAUGAUAAAAGUGAGAAACUGUGAUAAAUUAAGAGAUUUCUUGUCGAUCUCUGUUUUUAGAGGCCUCCCAAAACUUCAAAAUUUUGAGUUGAUUAAAUGCAAGAAUAUGGAAGAGAUUUUCACAAUUGAAAGAGAAAGUGAAAAGAUUGUGAUAGGUACCUGGGUAAUCCGGCAGCAGCAAAGCCUUGCCUGGUUACUUCCUCAGCUCUCACAGCCUCUCCUGUGUACCGAUCUCAGCCACAACACAGCAUACACUGGAACAGGAAUGGCAACACAAACAUACAAGACAAUGAAAAUAUGUAUUGUAUUGAAUACUUUUUCCAGGAAUGAAUACAAAUUAGUUCUCCAAUACAAUGACUAUUUCCAUCUAUUGCACUGCUUAAUCAAUUACAAUUCUCUUCACUAAUUUUU